AUGGGCAGAAGAAAAGUAACACACCAGUUGAUUUCUGACAGCUCCACUCGCCGAGUUACGUUCAGGAAACGCAAAGAUGGUCUGUUGAAGAAGCUCAACGAAUUGACCAUUCUUUGUGGUUUACGCGCUUGCGCCAUCAUCUACAGCGAUUACAAGGAAGGCCCUGAGGUGUGGCCAAACCAGAGGGAGGUUCGUGUCCUUCUUAACCGGUUAAGUGCACUGCCUGUGGAGAAACAGACCAAAUACAUGAUGGACCAGAAGGAUCUCAUGAACAGGAUGAUCAGCGACGCAGAGAAGAAGUUGGAGAAAGAGAAGAUUCAUAGCCGUGCGAUGGAACUUGGAAUAAUUGCUUCGUCUGAAGAUAUAGACGAUGCUGAUUAUUCUGAGGAACUGAUUAAAGCAGCUGAUGUGGUUGAGAAGAGGAUCAAAGUCAUCAGAGAGAGAAUCGAUGCUUUGGAAUCAGGAGCAGCCGAUAUCGACGAAGAAUAA